UCGUCAUCGUGAUUGUACCGGCAGGCAAAAAGGUGAGCAGCAACGGGCUUUGAUUUGUUGGAGAUGAGGUAGAGAUGAACCGGGGCUUGUAUUUUGGUAGAGUUAGGGCAGAUGAUAUCUCUGUCAGUGUAUUGCUCAUCUGUGAUGGUUCUUAUACAUCAUCAUUUCUGUUCAUGGACCAGUUUCAUCGCUCGCUCAUUCAUUGCUCUCAUCCUCACCUUGAUCUACUAACCACUCAUCAGAAUCAGAACAGUUGACAAUACCUUCAUCCAUCUCACUACCGCCACGCCUCACAUCGACAUCCAACUGCCAAAAUGCCAAGAGCCAUCCGCGGCGUCCUCAUCGAGUGCGAGCCAGCCAUCAAGUCCAUCCUCAUCCACAUCGACAGCACCCAGCUCAACAACGACGCCAUCAUCGAGGACCUUGACGAGACUCAUCUGAUGGUGAAGGAGCAAAUGGUUAAGACCCUGCAGGCCCGGUUAGAUGAGAAACUCAAGGAGACUUACCGUGUUGAGGUGCCUUUGGAUGACAGUGAUGAGGACAAGGGCAUGUAAGAUAUGCCGGACAGGAUAGCUACAUAGCAACUGGCAUAGCACGGAGUUUUGGGGCAACUGAAAUCUUAUUAUUUACAUCCCCCAGAAAA